AUGGCCAACUCCCCGCCUCAUCAAGGGGCCAGCACCCCAGCUCAUCGCGCCUGGACAAUCCCCCACAUUCGUCUUUCAGUCUUUGAACAUCUCCUCAUCGACGACGAGUGGUGGUCCGAGGGCGGCCUGCUGGACAAUUGCGGCUUGAAACGGCGUGCCAUUUUGAAGGAGUACCUCACGAUCGACCAGGCGACAUUUCAUGACGUUGCCUUCCUGCUCUACGCCGAUGUCCGCCUCGAUCAGUUCCCUUUCGACUGUCCUUGUCAACUCUUCCCCAACCUCCGCAAGGUUCACUUCCCGAGCACGGGGACAUCCUAUUAUACCCAAGGUGCCACCGAGAGCGACAAGGAUGAGCUUGUAUUCCAAGAAGUGUUGAUGGUCGAAGAUGGUGUCAUCCGCCCCCCGCAACACCGUUGCCUGCCUCAAGACUUGGACUAUCGCUGCUGGUACCACAUCUGCUGUUUGCUUGUGGACACAGACAUCAGCUCCUUGAUCAAGACCAAAUCCGGGGAUGAUGUCAAUCUGGUUGAAGUUCUGCUUUUGCCGGCUUAUGAGCUGUUCAUCUGGAACUUCCCGGGACAAAGUAGUGAGUGGAGAUCAGUUCUGUGGCAUCGGGCACAGAGAGGUAUUCCCACGCGUGCAAUCAAGUGGAAGUUUGACUCGGCUUCAGAAAUGGAGCAGCUGGCACAAGUGGUCCCCAAGUCCCUCCGCGACCUCACCCUGAUGUGCUCGGUUGAUGACUUCAACAAUAUCACUCAAUCGGCAAACACCAUACUGGACUGCAUCGACAGCGAACGAUUCCCUUCAUUGCGGACACUGCGCAUGCGGUUUGAUUGUCCCAAGCCGGACCCCGCUUCAGGACAGCCCCCAUCAUCGAAGAUAACACCGGCUUGGAUGCAGAACGACAUGCCCCCUGAGCUGAAGUCCAUUGAAUUUGGGCUUACGGUCUAUGAGAACGACUACGAUUAUCUCAUAGACGAUGCUGCUAUCGGCUUAAGCGCCUCGGACCCCGAAGAUGCCUCGGUCCCCGAAGAUGCCUCUGUCACCUCACAGGGCUCGGACUUCUAUGAUUCCCCCGCCCCCUCACAUGGAUCGGACUUUAACGGUACCUCCGACCUCUCACAGAUCUCGAACUUUGGUGAGACCCCCGGCCCCUUACAUGGCCCAGACUUCAACAACACCCCCGCACUCUUUCACGGCUCGGACUUUUACGAUACCUCUGACCUCUCAUACGCCUCGGACAUUGGCAACACCACCGCCCUCUCACACGGCUCGCUCUCUGGAAUCAGACUUCUUUUCUCUGAGGUAGUGAAGGAUUUGAGUGUCAACGUGCGACGCAAGCUCGGAAAAGACGUCUGCAUUCUUGAGUCGUACGGAAAUUGA